CGCCCCGCCCCUUUUGGGUGCCGCGGUGCCUUGUGGGGAAAAGGCAGCCCUUCGCGGCCUUGUUGUUUUCUCCCCUCGGUGGCUCCGGUGGAAAGGAAGCCAAAAUGCCGGAACGCGAGAGUGAACCGUUCUCCAACCCUCUGGCCCCAGAUGGCCAUGAGAUAGAUGAUUCCCACUCAUUUAACCAAUCUAAGCUGACCAAUGAAGACUUCCGCAAGCUUCUUAUGACCCCUCGGGCUACACCAACAUCUGCACCACCUUCUAAAUCUCGCCAUCAUGAAAUGCCAAGAGAGUACAAUGAAGAUGAAGAUCCAGCUGCUCGAAGGAGAAAGAAGAAAAGCUAUUACGCAAAGCUACGUCAGCAAGAGAUUGAGCGCGAGAGGGAACUGGCCGAGAAGUAUAGGGACCGUGCCAAGGAGAGAAGGGAUGGUGUUAACAAGGACUACGAGGAAACAGAGCUGAUCAGCACAACUGCCAACUACAGGGCAGUGGGACCCACUGCAGAGGCAGAUAAGUCAGCGGCAGAAAAGAGGCGACAGUUAAUUCAGGAGUCCAAGUUCUUGGGUGGUGACAUGGAGCACACUCACUUGGUGAAGGGUUUGGAUUUUGCUUUGCUGCAAAAGGUCCGUGCUGAGAUUGCCAGCAAAGAAAAAGAAGAGGAAGAGCUGAUGGAAAAGCCCCAGAAAGAAACCAAAAAAGAUGAAGAUCCAGAAAACAAAAUUGAAUUCAAGACCCGUUUAGGUCGUAACGUUUACCGGAUGUUGUUCAAGAAUAAAGCAUAUGAGCGGAAUGAGCUCUUCCUGCCCGGGAGAAUGGCUUAUGUGGUAGACCUUGAUGAUGAAUACGCUGACACAGACAUCCCCACAACCUUAAUCAGAAGCAAAGCAGAUUGCCCUACCAUGGAGGCUCAGACCACGUUGACUACAAAUGACAUCGUGAUCAGCAAACUGACACAGAUUCUUUCCUACUUGAGGCAAGGAACCCGUAACAAAAAGCUCAAAAAGAAAGACAAGGGAAAACUGGAUGAGAAAAAACCACCGGAGGCAGACAUGAAUAUUUUUGAGGACAUUGGAGAUUACGUGCCGUCUGCAGCAAAGGUGCCUCGGGAGAAAGAGCGAGAGCGAUACAGGGAGCGCGACCGGGAGCGGGAAAGGGAGAGAGACCGGGAGCAUGAGCGAGAUCGAGAACGAGACCGGGAGAGAGAACGGGAACGUGAGGAGGAGAAGAAGAGGCACAGCUACUUUGAGAAACCCAAAGCAGAUGAUGAGCCUAUUGACAUUGAUAAAGGACCUGGCUCAGCCAAAGAGUUGAUUAAAUCAAUCAAUGAGAAAUUUGCUGGUGCAGGUGGCUGGGAAGGGCCAGAAUCAUUAAAAAAAACUGAAGACAAAAAGCAACUUGGUGACUUCUUUGGGAUGUCAAACAGCUAUGCUGAAUGCUAUCCUGCAACAAUGGAUGACAUGGCUGUGGAUAGUGAUGAAGAAGUAGAUUACAGCAAAAUGGAUCAGGGAAACAAAAAAGGACCUCUUGGCCGUUGGGACUUUGAUACACAGGAGGAAUACAGCGAGUACAUGAAUAACAAGGAGGCUCUACCCAAAGCGGCAUUCCAGUAUGGAAUCAAAAUGUCUGAAGGCCGUAAGACACGCCGUUUUAAGGAGACCAAUGACAAGGCUGAGUUGGAUCGUCAGUGGAAGAAAAUCAGUGCAAUAAUUGAAAAAAGGAAGAAGUUGGAGGCUGAUGGGGUUGAGGUAAAAAGACCAAAGUAUUGAACCUUCUGUGAGCGCUUUGUCCCUUUGGCUACAUUCCUGCUCAACUACUCUGAAGAAAAAGCUUUGAUGGAGGAUCACAGUAACACAUUUUCCUGCCAUGGAACAAAAUCCACAUGCUUUCUGAGCUGAGAAUACGGCAGGGUCUUGUGUGUGCAAAUACAAAGGAGAGUUCCUGAUUCUUCCAAAGAGCCUUAGAGGCUCUCUUCCUUGUCUUAUAUUGCUUGCAGCUGUGCUCCUUCCAUAGGAAUCUACAGUUUAGAUUUUGUGACUAGUAAUAUUUCUAUGUGUAAUAAAACCUGCACUAAUAUUUAUCAGA